UUCCAUGAAUCGGCUCAGAAAUGACACCCGGUCAUCAUGUUCUAGCCCUUAGAACCCAGUCACACGGGCCAUCCACACGGGAGAGGACGGGGUGACAGAGGGACGUGGGAUCAGGAUUCGGGAAGGCUGGGAGACACAGUGGGGACCGCCCAGCACGGAGGCCCAGACCAGGCACUGGGACCAGAGCCCAAAUGCAAUGGGGCCCCUGGAGUGCGUGUCUGGUGGGCCCAGGGUCUGAAUGAGUUCACCUCCACCUUCCCCCGGGCCUGGGACUCAGGCAGGAGGGGUGGCCGUGCCUGGACCCGGGGCAGACCCAGGCCCGCGUGAGUGUGUUCCGUGCCAGGCCCACCCCUUCCUCAUCCUUCCACGCCCACGUGUGCCCACGAGCCUCCCGGGAUAGCAGGCACGGGACGUGUCUACAGGUGGCUCCCUGAUGGCAACCCUACAAGUAGAUGCCACAAGGACCCCACUGUGCAGACGGGCAGACUGGGGGACCCCAGGAGGCACAGGGUGUGUGCGGGGUCCCAGCACCGGUCAGGAGGAAAACCCAGGUCUGAACCCAGCUGUGUGGCCCCAAAGCCGCGGCACCGGCCAGCCCAGGCCUCGCGGGGACGUUUCUGGGCUGUGUUGGUGUCACUGUAGGGACAGGGCAUGGGGCGGAGGGGAGUCCUUUGCAGCCUGGGAGGGGCUCUUGUGGGAGCAGGAAGCCGGGUGAGGGGACCCCAGGAAGUGACCUCACCUCCCUGGUCACAGAGCCCAGUUGAACUCACAACCCGGGUCACCAGGCACCCACAUUCUGGAGACAGCGCCCGACUGGGCUCAUUCCUUUGGACAUCUUCGCCUGACGGACAUGUUCUCCUGUUGUGUGCCCGGGUCCCGCGGCUGCCGGCUCAGGGGAGCCCGUGGCAGCGACGCUUCCCGACCCUGGAGACAGUGGGUCAGGUCGUGCACAGGACGCCUCAGGUCUCUAGCUCGCAGGGACCCAAAGAAAUCAAGCGAUGAAAUCGGGAAACGUCUGGCCGAAUCCCAAUACGCCUGCCCUCCAGAGUUGUGCGUGUGCCCCGUCGCCCAGGAGGACCACCCUGGACCGAGGGAGAGAGUGGCUGCAGGGAGGUCUUGGGAAGCAGAGCCUGGAGAUGGCCUGGGAAGGCCUCCUUCACCGCCCCGGCCCGCCCACAGGGUCCUGGUUCACGGGUCCUGGGAUCAGGACCCGGAGCCCCCGGAGCCAGAGCCCGAGGGUGAGAAGGCUGGGGGUGGGAGAUGUGUGUGCAUGGGACCAGGGCGGUGCUGGGCCACCCAGGGAGGAGCCCCCGGGGGCUGGUGUGGGGCCAGGAGCAGACUGAGAGGCCGGGCUGCGGACUGCAGGGGGCAGAGGUCCCGGUGUGGGUCCCUGGCCGAGGCUUCUCGGGGAGGCUCUGAGGUGACUUGUGUGUCUGCCAAGGCCCCUGGAGAGGCCGUCGCUGGGUGGGGGGCGGGGGGGAGUCUUCCCUCCUCUCACCCUGAGGCCUUGGAGCCGCUGCAACCACCACUCUGUUUCCUUCUCAAGAGUCCGGGGCAGGAGCAGAAGCCGGUGCGACUCCAGAGCCUGACCCGAGGGCAUCCGGGUCCUCGGCGUCUCUGCCGGCAGGGGUGGAGACUGGAGCGACUCCUGCAGGGGCUGGAGAGCCAGCAGGUGACCUGGGACCUGUGCUGGGACAGCGGGCACGUGAACAGAGUCAGCUGGUUCCUGCUUCUGCUCCCGACACCGUUCCUGCCACCGCCCUUGUUCCCGUGUGGAUUCCGGCCACAAAUCAAGGGCUCAAAGGCCUUCGAGGGGUGUUUCUUGUAUUUCUAAUUGUUGCUCCGGUCCCAGUCCCCGACCCCUCCACCACAAUGACUCUUCCUCUUCUCCCUGAUCCUUUCUCUCCUCUACUUUUGAGCUGGUACAUUAUUGGUUCCUGGUAUGUUUCAAAUCCACAUUAAUCUUCACUAAAAAUUUAUUUCCUUUA